AUGAGUCUCGCACGCCCGGCCCGUUGUCUCUUCUGCUCCCUAUCCCGGGCUCCGCUAUCUUCGAUCUCGCGUCGACAAUUCCACCAGUCACUUUCUCAAUAUACGAAGAAUGAGAAGAAUGAUGUAAAAAAUGAGGAGAAAAAUCCACGUUCCGUUAAGCCCCCUCGGAAACUCAAGCCAAAAAUGUUCAAACCGUACUCGGAGGAAGACAGGAAACGCCUUGCGGAGGAGUACACACCGGAACAGAUUGCCGCAAUUGAAGCGGGUGAAAAGAGCAUCAGCCCCGAAGAUAUAGCUCAACAAUUUCACCAGAGAGAUGACCAGUGGGCACUCAAGUACCUAGAUGACUUCUCCACCGUUGAACCUGUCGUCGACCACCAUAUCCGCCGCCCAAUGACCAAGAGUGUCCCGAUCCCACGCAUGAAAACGGAGCAGGAAUUGAUGACAGAGGUUGCCAACUAUCUCGAACAGAUGUCUGAGGAGGAUGCCGAAAACAAUCCCGAAAAAAUCUUUGAGUUCAUGGAUGAGAUGAACCUUGUGAAGGAUCCCGUCGACGAAGCCUCCUCGUUGGUUCCCGAUAUUACCCAGCCGUACGAAACAAUAGAUAACAUAGGCGGAGGUCCAAAUCUCCAACUUAGGAAAGAAGAUCUAAAACGACAAGCACAGGAUCCAAAUAUUUUAGAGGCUGAAGAUCCUGAAAUCCAACUGGAUUACGAGAAAGUUUCCCGUGCGACUGGUUGGCCCGUACGCACACUCAAGGGCUUACAGGUUAAAGCUUUGGUAAAGAGAAUGGUUUCCAACCAAACCCGUCUAGGUAAAAUCCGCCAGACUUCGAUUCUUUCAGUUGCAGGAAACGGCAAGGGCCUGUUGGGUAUCGGGGAAGGCAAAUCUCGCGACUUUGGAGAAGCGUUGAUGCAGGCGCAUGCUCGAGCUAUUCGAAAUAUGCGACCCGUUCUGAGAUAUGAGGAUAGAACCAUCUACGGAGAUGUACGGGGGAAAGUAGGCGCUACAGAAUUACAAUUGAUGCAUCGGCCACCAGGUUUCGGUCUCCGUUGCCAACAAAGUAUCUGGGAGAUGUGCCGUGCAGCGGGAAUUCGCGAUUUGGCCGCCAGGGUCACGCGAUCCCGCAACAAGAUGAACACAGUCAAAGCCACGUACGAGGCGUUGAUGAGCCAAAAGGAUCCUGAAGAUAUAGCCCGCGCCCGAGGCAGAAAGCUGGUCGACGUGAGAAAGGUAUAUUAUGCUGGAGCUCAGUAA